AUGGACCACGGAUCCUCCCCUCCCAUCCGGGAGUAUAGCCCGCAAAAGACCGACGGCGAGGAGCUCACACCUGUGAUGCAGUCCCAGGAGCACCAAGUUGACUGCGAGUCAAGCAGCGACGACGUUCCGCUCCGCCAACAGCGCCCUCUGCGAGAACCAAACCGAGAGCGCGAAAACAGCCAUGACCUCCACGACCGCCGCCAACUUCGAGACCCCAUGUGCGACAUCAACGACACCUCCCUGCUCGAUCAGCGCCGCGCCGCCCACCAGGCUACACUCCUCAAGCCACCCAAGGCAGCAGCAAAGUCAUCUGGCAAAGCCCCGAAGAAGCCCGGUCCGCGUCCAUGGGCCAGUAAGCCGAUCAUGAAGAACGAUAUGGUGGCCAAGAUGGAGGUCAUCCGCGAGAUCGAGAAGUAUUGGGGUAAGGGCUUCAUCAAAGCGUACAUUCCGAAGUGCCACCGCCCUUUGGUCAAGCGUGGUAAGGGUGGCAAGCGCGCCAUGUAUCGCGACCAUGAGACCGAUCCGAAGAAGUGGCUGCCUUCGGUGCUGAAGGCUAUCCUCAUGAUCGCCAAGCUCACUCGGAACAAGGCGUGGCUGAAGAAGGCGAUGAACGAUGUCGUUCGCUACCGUAUCAAGAACACUGGCAAUCGCAAGCCUCAGCUGGUGACGACCGACUUCGAUGUCCUUGAAGACAUGCUCGUUAAGGACUGGGAUGUCUCAUACAGUUUCGGAAUUCGCUACAAGCAUCUUCUUGUGAACCGCCAGAGUCAACAUGACACCGAUGAGGACAUCGACCACAUCCUUGAAGCGGAGUCCGGCGAAGAGGACGGCAGUGACGAUGAGGACGACGUCGAGGGUGGCAACAUCAACGACCAAGACGACGAGCAUGUCGAUGGCGAAGACGAUAGCGACGAAGAGAUGGGCCAAGGUGGGUUGACUGGUCAAUAUCUCCAUACAAGCGGCUACACCAACGCACCUCAGUACCCUAAUCCUAUGCUUAGUUCGCCACCAAAGCAGCACAAGGUCAAGCAGGAGAAGAGCUCCAAGGGCGCUUGUGAGCUGCCGUUAAGGCCGCAGCCGCCUUCUCGCAACGAGAAGAGUCAACAAGGCUACAGCCAGCCUUACCCUUAUGGCCCACCCGUGGAUCGCUGGGGUCGACCAAUGCCCUACGGUAGUGGUCCUGACGGAUAUGGAGGUUACGACGGGUACAGGAUGUAUGGUGGCUAUGGUGGUUACGUUCCACCUCCCGACAGUGAUGGUCGCUACCCUUCUCAGCCCCAAGGCUUCAACAGUAUGGGUCAGUACCCUCGUCCUCAUCAUGCCAUGACCCCUGCACACAGCCAGCCAGACACCGACCGUACCGACCGUACCGACCGUAGGCCCACCCAGGACUCUCCAUUUGGCGGUAACAAGCGUAUGCACGCAGGCUUCGAGCAGCCUCCAUUCAGCGUGUGUCGUCCUGGUUUCCAGCCGCAUGGCUAUACGCAGAACUUCCAGAUGGCUCAGACCGAGGUCAAGCAAGAGUCACCUGAGUUCGAGAUCCGCAGCGAUGGGUGUGAGAUGUCUGUUGAUGAAGUUGAGGGUCCUACAAAUGAUCUCGGUGAGGAUAGCAACGCUGUUGCUCUGGAGGCUGAGCUGCGUGCCACGGAGCUUGAACUGAAGGUUGCUCGUCUUCAGGCCAAGCGAGCUGCUCUGAACCAGCAGUCGAGAGCGAAAUAGGUGUGUAAUGUCGAUUUUUCUGCACAUACUGAUCGAUUAUUACUGAUUUGAAGUGUCAACUUGCUGCUUUGCGUAUUUGACUGAUGUAUGGAUGUUCAUUGGGAU